AUGGUAAGUGAGGCCGAUUCGAGUGACACGGACCAUCGACAGCUCGAUUGUUCGGCAGCCAAAGGCGGAUCAGAAUCGGAAGAAACAGUUGCAUCCGGCGAAUCGCACGGAUGCCCCGAUGAACCGGCGGAAGGCGCUGAAAAUCCACAAACCACCACGGAGUGCAAACAGAGACUAACCUUUCGCUGUGAGGAUUGUGCAACUGUUUUCCGAAAGCGAGAUCACUUCGACCGGCACCGAUUUACGCACACCGGAGUGCGAGAGUAUCGUUGUCCGGAGCCGGACUGCUCAAAGGAAUACACAAACCGAACGCACCUCAAUCGUCACAUCCGAACGAAUCACACGAAGAAACAGGCGGAGCCUGGCAAUGCCAUUCGCUGCAAGCAGACCGGUUGUGCGAAAAUGUUCUCCACCGAGCUGGGAAUGCGACGGCAUUACGAGCUGAAACACAUACUGGGAAAGUCCUGGUCGUGUCCAGAGUGUGGCGACCGGUUUUGGCGCAAACUACAGCUGAAGCAACAUUCGUUCAAGCACACCGGUCAAUAUCCGCACCGGUGCGAGCUCUGCGAGAGUGGUUUUAUGAGUCUGAAAGCACUUCGGAACCACCGAGCGACUCAUGCUCUGCAUAAGUGCGAAUCUUGUUCGGCCGAAUUCACCCGCUGGACCGAUUUGGUGGCACACAGGAAGCUGCAACAUGUGACCGUCUAUCGGUGUGACAUCUGUCAGGGUAGGUUCCCUACCAAGAGAAAUUUGAAGACGCACAUUAGAGUGCACUGCGAAAGUGAGGAAGUGUUUCAGUGUCCCCACGAGGGGUGUCCUAAGUUUUAUGAGUAUGAACGCAAUUUGAUUGCCCACGUUCGGUCCAAACACGAGGGAAGCCGAAAGUUCGUUUGCUCCGUUCCGGAGUGUGGUCGAGCGCUGUCCACGAAGCAAAAGUUGGACCAACAUCGGCGGAUGCACGAAUCGGCUGCACGGAGUGUUCCCCGUAUGAAGGUUCCUAAUGGCAGUACCAGUGCGAAGCGGAAAGAUAGUGGUCAACCGAAGCGCUCGAGCGCUGCUCGGUUGGCUAACGUUCAGCUAGAGCCACACGCGGAGCGUAUUUUGAUACAGCAAAGCCCUGACCGGCGACCGCCGGUCGAAUUUGAGUGCUCUGCUUCGCUUGAGUCGGCCUCCGAAUCGGAGGCGGAAACGAGCGCUAAGGUGGAAGGUAUUCUGCAGGGACAGCUAGCUAAGAUACAGGAACAGAUACGGCUGUUGCAGGAGCAAAACGAUAAGCAGUAGCGCGGGGUUGUUUAGAAGUUUAGAAGCUUCGAAGAAAAUAAGUAUUAUUUAGUUCCUUAAAAUU